GUUGAGGUUCAGCCUUUGUGUCUCUCUACAGGAAUGAGGUGAGGCGAUGACAUUCCUCAGUCUUGGAUUUGAACCCAGAUCCCUUUCACUGAAAGGCAGCAUCCCUCACCACUGCACCACAAGGUAGCUUGGUAGUGCUUGCUUUUGUAGGUGCUUUUUUCCCCUUUGUUUUCCAACUAAUAACAUUUAAAACCACCUGUUUGAACUGAUGUGAGUUCAGGUUGUCUUCCAGAUUCAAUAGAUGAACAUCUACCCUGGUCUUCAACCUAUGAUCCUUCUCCUUGAGAGGCAGCGGCCCUCACUGCUUUGCUUUAAGUUAACCUGUCAGUGUUUGCUUUUUGAAGUUCUGAUUCUUUCUAUUUUCUGACAGCGGAGGUUUAAGACCACGGUUUUAGCUGUAAGUGAGGACGGCAUUUUCUUCUUUGCUAAUGUCCCUGUUCUGGAUCUGGACCCUGGAUCUGUUCAGUAAGAGGCACCAUCCUUCGACCACAGGUGAGCCUUGCUUAGGAAAGCAUGUCCCUCCACACAAAAUUUGAUCUUUUUUCUAUUAUGUUGUGUUGAUACGAAAGCACUGUCCAGACCCCUGCAGUAACAGCAUUUUAUGCCAACUUUACAAAAGUGGCUCAAUGCUGGGAUUUUGACCAAAGAACUGUGUAUUGUUAGACAUCAGUGUUACCUAUCACACGGCCCCACCACACACCAUUAUCGUCCAUUCAAGUAUAACUCAGUGGAUUUCAUCUACUUUUUAAUUUCCUUAAGGGAACCUUCCCAAAAGGAUAAAUGAAGUUGUAUCUAAUCUUAUCUAGAGUGAAUCUCAUGAUUUAAAGUGCAGUGUGAGGGUGUAAAAUGUGUCCUUCAGUAUGAAUGCAGACAGGAAAUCUGGGAUGUCUGGCUAAAGAAUGGGUCUUUUUCUUGGCAUGUGGUUGGGAAAUGUCAGGCUGCCCUCUGUCUCUAGAUCUCCCUGAAUAAACACACCUUCUGUUUGGGGUCUCUAUAGUAUUGCUGAGAAAAAGUUCACAGAGGAUGUAAAUAAGAUAUAGGGCUCAUGGCAAAACAGGCAGUUGCCGAGAGUGCUACAUGCAAAUGAACAAAUAAAAGCAGCAAUAAUGAACAAUAAUAAACUGAUGUUUCUCAUCAUAUUCCCUGGCUCUGUACCUGGUCUGCACUUGUGGUGCUAAGUCAUGUGACUUGUACAUUGACUGUGCAGAUGAGUGAAAAUGACCAAGCUCUGCAAAUUCUCCAUCUGUCAUUGUAGAACUGUUUACUUUUGAUCCAAUAAGAUGAUUUAGCUGAUCGAGUCCAAGCUCUUUUCAGUUCUCAGCUUCUCCUGCAAAGAUAUCCUAAAAUCCCAAAUCACUCAAUCGCCAUGGGACUGGCCCUUGCUGCCAUCUGUUGGCUGGCAGUAUAAAAUGUGUUGUAUGAACAAAUACAUUAUUUGCACUCUAUGAAACAUGCAUGGUUGGUGUGUUGUCUAAUGUCCAGUUGCACCAUGGAAGUUAGUAUGAUUCAAAUAAUAAUUAUAAUACAAAUAAGUAAAUAAAUAAAAUGAUGUUGUUGGAGGAAGAUGCAGAAUUAUUAUAAGGACACAGGACACUUAAAAGAUUUCUUCCACCUCUUUUAAGACAGAUAGAAAUUUUUGAUCCCAAAUUAAAGGAUGAAGUUAAAUUACCCCAAAAAAUAUCUCUUUCAUUUGUUUAUCUUCUUUCCUAGCUUGAUACUCUUUGGAUUGAAGCAUCUGUGAGCAACUGUUGACAUGUCUGCACAUUGGCGCCCUUUACUUACCUUCUCUUGCAAAUGCUUAAACUGAAUCUUCUGACCAAAAAAAUCCCAUCCUGCUGACUUUCAAGGGUUAAAUGUAUCAUUUAUUGUAAAUGUUUUGUGGAAACUGUAAAAACAGGGCCCUUUUAGCUGACACCUACCCCCCCAGACUGGUUUCAGGCAUUUAAAAUUACCACAUAAAUAUUGUUAAUGAUGUUGGAUGGUCUUGUUUACCUUUGUAGAUCAUAAAGACACAUCAAUAUGAAUUUCAGUUUAUUUCAAAGCUGAAAAGAAAACUCAUCACAAGAGCUUUACGUUUCAAAAUGAAAUAGUAUAAAUAUGGUUUAAUAAAUAAAGUAAGCAAUUGAAAAUCAGGCAAACUCAAUUCAAGCAUUUAUAAAAACAAUGAGGGGUCAUGAUGCUGCCAUAGAUUGAAACAGUGAAGCCACAGACUGGCUGUGGUUCUAGUGUUAUUGUCAUAUGUUGUGAUUACCUAUAAAUCUUCUUAUGUUUCAUCAUUUCCUUCGUCUUCAGAGAGGUCAGCCUUUAAUCAGAGUGGAGUGGUGUGUGAUAUAGAAUCAGUUCUUUCACGUUCACUGUCCUGCUCCACGGAGUGUAAUUUGAGUCAAGAAAAGGCUCCGACACGAGUAGAAAAAAAAAGAGGUUCGGUUAUUUUCCCUUUUAUACGCUUUGUUUUCAUUUGAGAGAAGCCACAGCAACUCCCAGAAAGACUUCGCACUGUUUGCUUGUUCUCUCUGUGUGAGCAACCCUCCGCGUCAGGGGUGGACGUGAUAUUUCAAACAGCACAUCAGUGCGUUUAUGUAUUGGGUGCCCGGAAAUUUUUCCAAAUAAACACAGCUUGAUUCGACCUGGGUGGGCAGACUUAUCAAGCGGCUAAUUCUGUAAACAGAUGAGGGAAUAACCCUGCGCCUCAUUGGCUGCUGAGCAGACGAGGGGAACAUGAGGGAGUUUCAGCGCAAUGAAAUUUUAAUUAAUGUGGGUGGGCUGAGAACACCACCGACUGUUUAUGAUGGACAAUUUAUUUCCCAGUGCAAAGUCAACAGAACACAGCAAACGGACAACAAUUAUUAACAUUUUGUGGGGCCCCCAUGAGAUCGGGCAGUCAGUCAGCGGCGGAGAGGAGCUCCGGGAACAGCCGCAGCUUUCCCCGGGACACACUCCGGCUUCAUGGCUCUCUACCACGGCCGCCUGCCGUCCCUCGGGGUGCCUUCUACAACUCUGAACCUGGCUGCCCCCUCGCUGAUCUACUUGUAUGGAGGAGACAGCGGAGGGGUCGUGCCUACCGGCUUGAGUUUCGUGCCGACCCGCCAGGAGCCUCCGCAGAAACCUCCGUACAGCUACAUCGCGCUCAUCGCCAUGGCCAUCAAGAGCGCACCGGAGCAGCGCGCAACGCUCAGCGGCAUUUACCAAUUCAUCAUGGAUCGCUUCCCUUUUUAUCACGACAACAAGCAAGGCUGGCAGAACUCCAUACGCCACAACCUCUCCUUGAAUGACUGCUUCAUCAAAGUGCCAAGAGAGAAGGGCCGGCCCGGCAAAGGCAGCUACUGGACGCUGGAUACCAAGUGCCUUGACAUGUUUGAGAAUGGCAACUACCGCAGGAGGAAGAGGAAGGCGAAGAGCCAGCAAGAGCCUCUGGACUCCAAAUCAGCUGGACAUAAGCGCAACAAGGGUCAGGGGCCACUCAGGGACUCUCAGUCCUCUCUGAAACCUCAGACUAGCUCGGUGCCUGCAGAGAUGCCCGUGGCGCAGGAUCUGGAGAAGCUGGAGAAAUCACCGGGCACAAAAACCGUCCUCGUCGAGAGUAACCACGAAGAGCAGCAGCAGAGUCUUUAUUCACAGAGACUUAAAGUACCCCUCAACAAAGACAUCUCCACGGGAAAGGGGCCAGACGCCCCGCCACCAGAGCCAGGUCCCACUCCGGUAUGGAAAGAAAGUGCUCAUCUCCCAAGUGCGUCCCUCCGCUUGGAGCAGGGGGAGAGGAAGUGCGCCUUCAACGGGAGAGAAAGAGAUCCGCUCUGCACUGUCAGCUGUGCAGGCAACACAAACUUUACUGCACCUGCGCAGGACAGGCAGAAAGGAAAUACUCCAAGCAAGAGUAAAUUUAAAGCGUUCAGCAUCGAGAGUAUUUUAUCAAGAAGUGAAGAUGAAAUGCGCGGAGGCGUCCUCGGUGUGUCCGCGGAGGCUGCUCUCAGCUCCUCUGUGGUUCUCAGUGGCAGACCGCAUCAGUUGUAUCAGAUGGGAUUCCCCUUUUGCUCAUACCUGUCAGUCUCGUACCCUGACAAAGCUCUGCCGUUCAAAUAA